AUGGCUUUAUUUGGGACGGAGUUCCCGGCCGUCACGGUCACAGACACAGGACGCGAUGGGCCCGCGCCGUCAGAACAGGAUCUCCAGGAGCAGCUUCAGGACGCCCAGGAGGAUGGUCCAGAGCAGCGACUCCUCCUCCCGCGACGCGCCCUCCGGCUCCUUCUGAUCUUAAGAGGACACCAUCAGCCAAUUACUGCUGUGGCGUUCGGCAACACGGAGCCCCCGCUUGUGGUCUGCUCUGCCUCACAAGACCGCGUGCUCAUGUGGAGGCUGGGCGAGUGCCGAGAGAAGGCGCUUCACGGGACGGACCCGCGCGGACUUGUCCUGGGCACCCACCUGGGAGAGGUGCGGUGCGUGAAGUUCAGCCCGGACGACCAGAUGGCUGCGGUGUGCGCUGGCAACAGGGUCCUCGUGCUGGACGUGCAGAGCUGGACCGUGUGCGCAGAGCUAGACGGGCACCAGGGCCCCGUGACCGCAGCCGAGUUCUGUGCAUGGAAAGCGCAUGUGGUCGUCUCGGGGUCUGAGGACAGAAGCUUCAAGGUGUGGGACUGUCGCACGGGGGCCAUGAUGCACAGCUCGGCGGUGCUGACAGCCUCCCCCCUCCUGAGCCUCUUCAUCGAUGGGGAGAGCCAGCAGCUGGUGGCCGGGGGCGUCGAGGGCCAGCUGUGCAUCUUCAGUUUGGUGGAAGGUCAUCAUUAUCGUCAUGUGACGCGUCUGGACCUGAGGAAAGAGACGGAGAGUUUCUACGCCAGGCGGCCAGGAGAGAGCGGGCCGGACAGAGGGGACGGGGUCGACGUGGCGCUCCCCGUCCUGAGCCUGGCGCGCUGCGACCUGCCACCGGGCCUCGGCCCCGGGCAUGGAUGCCUUUCCCCGGAGAGGACCGGCUGUGUGUGGGUUGGAAGCUCCGCUGGGCUCUUCAUCCUGAACCUGGCGAGCUUGGAGCUGGAGGCUGCCCUGCAUUACAAGGAUUUUCGGAACCUCAGCAUCCAGGUGGCCGGGUCGUGUGCCGUGAUGAGCAGCCGUGGCAAGGCCUUCUGCUUACUCGCUUCCAUGUUUGGGAAUGAGGUCGCCGGCUUAGAGCUCGACCCAGCCGCUCUGGUGAGGUCCCAGCAGCACCCCCACCUGGGAACGCAGCUCUCAGUGCUGCCCAGCUCCGGUGUCUCGCCGACCUCCCCUCUGUAUUUCGGAGUCGCUGAGGCGACGCGUAUCAAGCCGGCCGGACACCAGCAAGCCGGUACUCAGAGCUCCCUGCGGGACCAGCCCCUGGUCUUCCACAGCCGCGUCCGGUCCUCCGGGUACACGGCUGCACCCCAUGUGACCAUGUUCUCACCCAAGACCCAUGUCAAGAGUGGCCGUAGGAGACCUUCACGGCGCAGGAGCACUCAUACCUGCCAGGAGUGCCCUUCGGACAGCCCUCCGCCGACCCAGCUCCGCAGGCGGCUGGCUGUGGCCCCGGGCCCGGUGGCCGUGCGCUGCGUGCAGUUCUCAGGAGACGGGCGCUGGCUGGCCUGUGGCCUGGCCGACCACCUGUCCCUGGUCUUCGACGCCCGUCUGACUGGAGCACCUGCUGUUUUCUCAGGUCACGAUGGGGCAGUGAGCGCCCUGGGUUGGAGCCACGAUGCCCGGUGGCUGCUGUCGGCCUCCCUGGACGGGACCCUGAGGGUGUGGUCGGCCCGCAGCCGGGAGCCCGCCCUGUGCCUGGGCACAGACGUGUUCCCGGAGCCUGUGCACCACGCGCAGUUCUACUACCUCGAUUCGUUCGUGCUCGUGUCCUCGGGCCCCGAGUUCCAGCUGCUUAGGCCCCACCUGGACACGCGCAAAGAUGAGAUCAAACGGUNCAAACAGAGGAGCCGGUGCGCCCGUGUGUUCCGGCUCACCACGACUGGGGCCGCGGAGAUCACCGGCCUGUCCGCCGCCAACGAGUUUUAUUCCCACCUGGUGCUGGCCGCCAGCCGGAGCAGGACAGUGGAAGUUUUCGACCUCAAUGUGGGCCGCAGUGCCGCCGUGAUCCAGGGAGUCCAUUCCCGGCCCCCCCACCAGAUCUGCCAGAACCAGGGAUCGUCAUUCACGACCCAGCCACCUCAGGACUAUAAUCUUUUCGCAACCACCGCCGUGGGUGACGGGGUCCGGCUGUGGGACCUGAGAACCCUGAGGUGUGAGCGCCGUUUCGAAGGACACCCGACCCGCUGCUUCCCGUGUGGGAUUGCCUUCAGCCCCUGCGGGCGUUUCGUGGCGUGUGGCGCGGAGGACAGACACGCGUACCUGUACGAGGCGGGCUCCAGCACCUUCUCCCACAGGCUGCCGGGGCACACGGACACGGUCAGCGGGGUGGCCUUCAGCCCGUCCGCCCCUCAGCUCGUCACCGCCACCCUGGACGGCAAACUCCAGCUGUUUGUAGCCGAGUGACGGGCUCGGGCCCGGCUGGGGCUGCUGCGUCUGCGCCCACAGCCCUGGUUCUGCUUCUCACGGGACCCACGGGCCCACAGACCCACGGCGCUGCCCUUCCACGCAGAAUCGGUGACGUUAAAGCCGACGUUCCCAAUAAAUAGCCUCGUAUUUGCUUACAA